UAUUAUUCCUCUUUAGCGCCCUGUUUUGGGUGAUUUUUCUGCUCUUGAGCUGAAGUUUGUCUUCGCAAGUCUGAACUUAUUCGAGCGAUGUUGCCGCUGGUGUCGCUCGGAUCGAGUUAUGCUCGGUUUUAGCGACCUGGACGAGGACUUCUGAACCGUGGAAGUUAGAGGAGCACGGAUCUAAUGGCGGCCUUCAGGUUUUCCGUAUGAGGGAGAAGGACGUCCAGGAGUGAAGCGGCGACAGUCAUGUGCGUCUCUCUUCAGUAGAAUACGUGCUCUGCGUUUCCGCCUCUGUGUGCACAAUGUCCGAUGAUAUGCAGACCUUGACCUGGAGGAGCAUGUCUCCUACCUGCCGGUCGGAUUCCUUGGAUAUGUCUCCCACGACGCACAUCGGCAGAGAUAGCAUCUUCCCGGUGAAGAUCAUUAAAGUGUGCUUCCUGAGCAACAGCUCCAACCUGGGGAAGAACUUCAAACUGGUCCGCUGCGAGGAGGGUUGGACGAUCAAGAAUGUGAUCCAUACGGUGCUGUCCAGUGGCUGCGUGGGUCCAGGCAUAAAGCACAGCCUCUGUUACGGCCUUCUGCUCAAACACCUCAAGUCGUCAGAGAUGCACUGGCUGCAUCCAGAUCUGACUGUGAUCGAGCUCACCCAACGCUAUGAACAGCAGCAUGUUGAAGCCGAGUGGAGAUACGACCUGAGGAUCAGAUACAUCCCGUUAGACUUCAUGGAGACAUUUAAGGAUGACAGAACAACCAUGCUUUACUUCUACCAACAGAUCCGAAGUGAUUAUAUGCACAAUUAUGCCUCCAAAGUCAGCGAUGGGAUGGCCUUACAGCUUGGCUGUCUGGAAAUCAGGAGGUUCUACAAAGACAUGAACCCAAAUGGACUGGAGAAAAAGUCUAACUUUGAACUGCUGGAGAAAGAAGUAGGACUGGACCUGUUCUUUCCUAGAGAGCUCAUAGAGAGCAUGAAGCCCAAGCAGUUGCGUCGGCUGAUCCAGCAGACGUUUCAGAGCUACUCGACGUUUCAGCAGGACCAGUGCAUGGCCAAGUUCUUCACCACGUUGUCUCAGUGCUACAGCAUCACCGAGGAACGCUACGGCUGCCAGCUGGUGCACGGCUGGAAUCUGGCCAUUGACUUGGUCAUAGGAGCCAACGGGAUCAGUCAACAAACUGAUAACUCAAAACCCGUCUGUCUGGCCAAGUUCUCUGACGUUCGCAGUAUCUCCUGCUCUGCUGAAACAGAUGGCCGCGCCCUUCUCACCGUGCACAUAGAGGGAUCGAAACAGCCGCUCGCGGUGAACACCACCUCCCUGGCCGUGGCGGAGAACAUGGCCGACCUGAUCGACGGCUACUGUCGCCUGGAGGGAAAAGCCGAGAGCUCGCUCAUAAUCAGACCCCACAAAGGAAGAGACUCGAGGCUAAAGCUUCCAGACAUACCUCAACGAGCGGGUCCCGUCGGUCCUGACAGAGGUUUAAGUUCUGAUAUCUACGCAGAGAUCCCAGAACACACAGUAAAGUAUGACGAUAAGCAUCGGAUCUCCCGAGGGGACAUCGUUGUUGGUCGGAUCCUGGGCGAAGGAUUCUUUGGAGAGGUCCAUGAGGGAGUUUACAAAAGUCCAAGCGGGGAAAGAACGCGCGUGGCGAUCAAAACGUGUAAAGACUGCUCGGCUGAGGUGAAGGAGAAGUUUCUCAGUGAAGCCGACCUUAUGAAAAACCUGGACCACCCUCACAUAGUGCGUCUCAUUGGGGUCAUUGAGGUUGAUCCUGUCUGGAUCGUCAUGGAGCUCUAUGAACAUGGAGAGUUGGGAAACUACCUUGUGGAGCAGCAGUACAUCCUGACCACAGCGCAGUUAACCCAGUACUGCCUCCAAAUCUGCAAAGCCUUGGCUUACCUGGAGGGACUCAACAUGGUACACAGAGAUAUCGCCGUUAGAAACAUCCUGGUUGCUUCUGCUGAAUGUGUGAAGCUCGGGGACUUUGGACUGUCUCGCUACAUUGAUGAACAGGAAUAUUAUAAAGCCUCGGUUAGUCGAUUACCGAUCAAAUGGAUGGCCCCUGAAUCCAUCAACUUCAGACGCUUCACCUCAUCUAGUGAUGUCUGGAUGUUUGGGGUGUGCGUGUGGGAGAUCUUCUCCAUGGCCCAGCAGCCGUUCUUCUGGCUGGAAAACGGGCAGGUGAUCAACCAGCUGGAGUCAGGGGUCCGGCUCCAGAAACCGCAGACGUGCCCGCCGACCAUCUACGGCCUGCUCACCCGCUGCUGGGCCUACGAGCCGCACAGCCGCCCCACCUUCGGAGAGCUCGUCCGCUCCUUCAGUGAGAUCCACAAGAUGGAGCUGGAGCAGGAGACCGACGUAAGAAAAGUUAGGUCCCUCUCCUUCUCAUCCGCCAUAAACCCCAGCCGCGCCGAGCCUCCACCGAAGCCAUCCAGGAUUAACACCCUCUCACGCAAAAAGGUUCCAGAGAAAGACGCCAGGACUUUGUGGGAGAAGGAGAGAGUGGAGGACACUUUACAGAGACAGAGGCGAGAGAUGCUGAUGGACAAGCAGUGGCUGGAGCAGGAGGAGAGACAACUGGACCCUGUUGUGAGGCAAGAUUCACAAACCAAGCUUCCUGAAAAAGGGCCAGGAAAUGGUCCCCCAGAGAAACCCCCGAUGCCUCCAUCAAUCUCCCAGCCUCGGGCCACGGCGGAGCUGGACCGGUCCGGGGAUGAGGUCUACACCGCCGUCAUGGCCAUGGUGAAGCAGGUGGUGCAGCUGAAGAACGACGUCAACUCGCUGCCCGCCUCAGAGUAUCCCACCGCUGUCAAGGCGGUAGGGAUCACUCUGCGCAGCCUGAUUCAACGCGUUGACGACAUCCUGCCGUCUCUGCAUAGCUCAGUCACCACAGAGAUCGAGGGCACAAAGAAACUGCUGAACAAGGACCUCGGCGAGCUGAUCAACAAGAUGCGGCUCGCCCAGCAGAACUCUGUAACGUCGCUGAAGGAGGAGUGCCAGAAGCAGAUGCUAGCAGCCGCUCACACGCUAGCGCUCGACUCCAAAAACCUGCUGGACGCCGUGGACCAGGCUCGGGUCCGGGCCAACCUGGCCAAGCCCAAACCCAGCUCACAGGAUGCAGGCGCAGACGAAGCCGGCGUAUAAGAGAGAAUCCCUCUUCCUUUUAGAACAUGUGGAGGCUGUUCUGUUUCCGCUUUGUAAACACAGACAGAUGCUUGUAAAGUUAAACUGAAAAACCUUUAAGGAAAUGUGAAACUAUGUAGAAGCAGUUUGUUUUUGUUUUUGUUUUGUUUUUUUACUGCUUAUUCUUGAUUUUCAACGUUAAACACUGUGAUAACGAGCAGCUCCUGUUCGAAUCAUCUGGAAGCAAAAUAUUUCUGUAAUAUUGACGCAUCACAGCAAUUAUUCCCCUGCGGGAAUAGUUCUGAGUGUGAGCAUUUUGUAAAUACUUUGAAUAAUAAAAAUAUCUAUAUUGAC